GGGUGUCGAACGUUGUACACAACGUUGGAAGCAUCGUGUGGAACCCGCAUAACAUCAGAUGGGUGAAACGUCUUAUGGGCGAAUUGGCGACACCAAGGUCAUAAUCUUAGACGAGGAAAGAGAGUGGACUCGUAACGCGCAUUCACAGACCGGCGCAGUAAGUGUGCCCAAUUAUUGAAGAGACGCCAUUAUUUGGGUCCUAUUCUUGAAACCGACUCCAAGCCUUUUUUUCUGUGUUUCUGUGCUAUUGUGUAUUAAAGACUGCGACUUUUUUAUUCAAUAAGAAUGGUGUUGUGCUCGGCUUUUGAUUGCAAAAAUCGCAGUGAGAAUAAAGUGCCAGGAAUAACCUUUCACAGGUUUCGUCUUAAAGAUCCAACAAGAAACGGUAUCUGGCUGAAGAAUAUGCAUCUAGCUGACUGGUUUCCCACAAAAAAUAGGCUGUUGAAAGCAUUUUACAAAGUAACAAAGAGACCACAUCCAAGAUCUAGACAGCUUAUUACACCUACAGCUUCGACAUCUAGGAAAAAUGAUCCUCCCCAAGAAGAUCCAGACACCCCCAGAAAGAAGCAUCCUAGAAGACAGCUUUUUGCAGAAAGGGUAAAGAGCCAAGAGAAAUCGAGAGAAAUAAAAGUUUUGAAUCAGCGGGUGAGAAGACUGAAAAGACAUAUUGUUUCUCUCAAACAAGUAGUGAAAGAAAGCCUUAAAACAAAAUAA